AAAUCUCCAUUCACUGCAUAUUAGGGACGCACCACUUGAAGCUUUGGUCAGGCCAGUCAUUCGCCAGCUCCCUACGACAUUCAAGGCGAGAGCAUCGGCAGAUCCGCUGUCAAACACAGCUUGCGUGCACACAGCAGCGAUUACGUCAGUGUGAGAGGUCACACUGUUCACAGCCACGGAUAAGAACAUUCAGACGGUAGCCGCCUUCCGAAACGGUUGAUUCCUGUCUUCUACUUACCAUUCCAGUAGCACAAUGGCGGGUCUAAGACGCUCUCUUGACACCCUCUUUAUUGCGUUCUACGUGUUUGAGGCAGUGUCUACGAUAUUUUUCGACACUCAGCAACUGCUACCGUCGUAUCUCUAUCCCAAACCGCUGACUGACCUGUUCCAGUGGUACACUCAACACUUCAGGGAUCCAUACAUGGCAAAUGCUCGGAACAUGCCCUGGUUCGCCAGUUUCUGCAUCGUGGAAUUCAUCACGCACAUCCCUUUCUUCUUCUUCGCCAUCUAUGCAUACUAUAAAGGUCCGUCAAAGUGCCCCUGGAUCCGUAUUCCGGUAAUCAUGUACUGUGUCCAGAUCAUCACCUUCGUAACGGCAGUCGAGGCUGGUGUCUUCUUUGACGACUUCUCAAAAUCGAAGCUACUGGCACCAAGAAACUUGGGCGAAAGGCUGAAGUUGGGAACCAACUACAGUCUGUUCUUUUUUGUGCCUCUAACCAAUCUCCUGGAUGCACUAUUCAGCAGUGCCUAUACACCCAAGGUGAAGGCAGCAUGAUGAGGGCAAUGAUCUCUGUGUUGUUCAGGGAGGCUAACACUGGAUUCACGUGUUGUGCAGUGAUUCAGAUGAGGGUGCGAGGAGGGUCAAAUGGGUGCACUAAUACACAUGCAAAGCCACAUUAACAGGACGGUGCAUAUUUAUGUCGUGAUGCAAACAGUAAAGUAAUGCCCUCCU